UAAUAACCUUGGAAGGUAAAGCCGCGACCGUCCGGUCGCAUUCUUACUUUUAGUACACCAAUCGGGCGACGAUCUGGGGUUACGAUCGGCGAUUAUCUAUUCAGCUGGUAGGGGUUGGUGAGCAUCUUCUGCUUUGGGCUAGGCAGGCGCAUAUAUUGCAACGAGAAGAGACCAUCGUUAAUGUAUAAAUUGACGGCGGGAACCAGGUUGGACAAUUGAGGAGCUAAUUAGCAAGCUUAUAUCAAACAAUGGCAGAAGCUUUCGGCAUCGUAUCUGGCGCAGUUGGCAUCGCUGGUAUCUUCAGCACUUGCGUGGAAUGUUUCGACUACAUUCAGAUUGGGCGUCGCUUCGGCAAGGACUUCCAGACCGAGCUGCUCACGCUCAGCCUGCUUAAACUCCGACUCUCGCGAUGGGGUGAGGCUGUCCACAUUAACGAAGACAAUCAAUUAGGCCAACCGGAAUCGUUAAGAGACAAUGUUGGACUCGCCAAAGAUACGCUUUACCAAAUUUUAGUUCUUCUCGCCGACUCCGAAAAAGUCUCAAGUAGAUAUCGUCUCACGGCGAAAGUAGGGGAAGACCUGUCAUCGCUUUCGAGUACUGAUUUAGAAGCGAACCUCGGCGCUUUGGACAACCGUAUGCGAAAGUUGGCCGCUAAGAGACAGAAACGUACCGGCCUUGGCAAGUUAACAAGGUGGGCGCUGUACGAUAAAGAGCACUACUCAAAGCUUGUUGAAGAUAUCUCCAAGCUGCUCACGAAUCUCGAAGAGACAUUCUCCGUACCAGAAGCCAACGCCCACUCGUUGCUAGCACAACGGGAUAUUGAACAGGUCAGCGGCGAUACUAAAGAAGAGCAAGAGGCUGCGGUGAAGACUCUUCAGCAAUUAGCCCCUGGGGUCGAUAAUGUCUUAAAAGAGAAGGUACCCGCUGUGGCUGCAACCCGAGGGAUUUCUAUUGGAUCUAUAGUGAUCGAGGAAAAUGCACGGGUACGAGAUGGCAAGUUUGUGGGCGCCGCCUGGAAAGGCGUAGCAAAUCUGCCACAGGGCGGUGACAGCAUAGCCAUAGGGUCCGCACAGGUAAAGGGGAACGCUAGGGUUAUGAAUGGUGAUACUUAUGGAGAUAGGGAUACGUUUUGGGAUUAGAAAUUGGAUUUGGUAUUGGAAUGAUGAAUGGGAGAGAGGAGUUGAGAAUAUCGUGGACGGCGGACUUCGGAGUUAUUAAGCGGACCGUCUUAAAUUGCUCGUGUAACAUAGGCUUUCCGUCUGAUACCGUUUACUUCAACUGUUACCGUUUUUAUCUUUUGUAAAACCCCAACCCCCCAAAUUUACGAACUUCUGACGUCAUAAAAAGAAAAGCAAAACACAGCAAUAUGUAGAAGCUACCACGAGCAGACGAGAGUCUAAAAAGUAUUCGGAUGAUAACUAUCGAGGAGUACAAUAGAUCCGGCUCGAUCCCCAACUCUCAAGGAGAUCGGAUGACUAGAGUAAAAGCGACAUUAUGGGCUUGAUAGGUCUGCCACA